AUGACCCUGUGGACAUGGAAACAUAUUCCCUGGGUUGGGACCGUCUCUACUUGGGCUGGAGCCAUCGUGGUGACUGGAUUACCGUGUGCCGUCUCAAGACACGCCGCGUCGUCGCACGUCUCCGGACAGCUCUGCGUGAGUUGGGGCAGGGGGGACGGUCCUGCGGCCGGCAGCGAUGCGUCGCUCGCCUUCAUCCUAGACAUCGCCGACGCGGUAUUUUCCAACGUGCCCGAGAUCGACAUGCGGCUGACCUCCUCGUCCAAGGCUGUCCGCAUCCAUGGCGCGGAGCAGUCGUGUAGGCUGGGCGGGACGUCGGUGUCCGACGAGAGCUCGGUAUACUCGUACUCGUAG